UUUUAGGGAGAAUAUGACUCUUAGACUUGUAUUGUCACAAGGGACAAAGAAUGCCGAUCAGUGACAAAGGACACCGGGUCUGAUACACUUGCGUCUUCUGGGGAUAUUAUAUACACAAAAGUGUGUGCAAAACGCCGCAGUCCUUCCACCCGGGUGGUGUGUGCGUGUAAUCCACCAAUCGCGUUAUUCACAAUUCUCACGGAGUCAAUUGGGUGAGCCAUUCUCGACGACGAUCACAAGGAAGUGCAAUUUUUUUUUCUCCAGUUCUUGUGUGUUUGUGUGAUAAAUUACAGGAAAAUGAUGACAAAUUCUCCUGGAAUAAAAUUGGGUUACGACGUCUUCCUCGCUUGGCAACAACGCGGUUCAGUGGGUCGAGAGCAACUCAAAAAGGAUCAACACGAAUAAAAGGAUAUCAAUUACGGUGAGGGAAGAGUCCAUCCUUGAAAUUGGAGAAAUCGUCUUCUCGGUUUUUUUUCCUUUUUGGAGGAGGUCUGUGGGAUUUAAAGAGGUUAGCUCCAGGGUGACUUCGAAGGAGCGACAAUCACGAUCAGCUGUUCAACGUGGGACGUGACAAACCCUUCGACAUCUUCAGUUGACUCCUGGACGCCUACUGGAUCAAAUAAAAUAAAGGAUGACGAACGAAUCAAUUGAUUGCAUUCCACAUUGACCUCUUGAAAAAACGCAUCAUUCGAGAGAGAAAGAGGAGGCUUCUUCCAUAUCUCUUCACCACGUUGGAAAAGAAUGCCGAGACAAAAAUAGAUUCUUCACGCCAAUAAUGUCGUAGAGUCAAGAAAUCACGCUCUCCGAUGCUGUCCAGCAGUCAAAUCGACUUUUUUUGUUUGGAAUUUUUUUUCUUUACAGGUGAGCAGCUUAUGAUUAUUCUUAAAGAGAUUCAGAUUUAAUAGAGGAUAGAAAUGUUGUCGUACAUGCUGCCAACGGAGGACAAACCACCGCCCGGCGAUCCGAGUCGAAAGUUACAAAAUCACAACGAUCUGCGAAAUUACACUGCGAGCAAUGUGAUGAAGAAAUCUGUCGACUCGAAUAGAACAAUGAACUCAACGCUACUGGCGAGACUUGAGGAUGGUACCGGUGAUCGGUACCAUCAAACGCAAAUUCAAGGACAAACAGUGAUACCAAUUGAGAGUCCAAAGCAUAAUGGAACCGCCCGAAAAUCAACCCUCCAUACAUCUCGAGUCACCAAGGACGACAGUCUCUAUAGUAUUGACAGUGAUGCCAGUACUGUUGGUAGUGAGAGGAAAAAUAAAAUUCUCAAUGGUGCAAAGCACGCUAGUCUCAAAAGGGUAUCCUUCGGCUCGAGUAAAGGAUCAAUGGUGGAAACUCUAGUGUACGAGACUCCAGUACAAGAAGAACCCGAAAAUAAUCAUUUUUUGGAUCACAACGGUCGUCUACCAGCUUCUAUGAUUCCCGUUCCUGAUACAGACGAGGGCCGAGAAAAAGUACGAGUUUCAUUAUUGGGAACACAGCCCUCACCUGCAACGCCUGGAGUCCUUUUGCUGGAUCCAAUUGGCCCUUCAACAGGACACCUGAUUGAUAUCAUGGCCGCAAGUCCUGUGGAACUUUUAACAACACACACCGAACACACCACCCCCACUUAUCACACACAAAUCAGUACGGACAGUGGAUGGGACAAUCCAUUUAGGCCCGAUGGGGACCUGUCGAGAGAGGCAGACGAAAUAGUGGAAUUAAUAAAAGGUGGUAAGCCGAUAACUCCAACGCCAGGACAAAAUGCGCCGCCCUUGCCAGGAUGCGAACGAAAGGACGAACACGACUCGAGUACGAGUCCCCUUUUGGACUCGACGAGGCAAGGAAAUGGAAACGCUCACAGCACUCCCAUGAAAAAUAACCAGCAGCCCGUCAACGAGAAGGUGGGCUCGACAACAAGUGCAACAGUGGAAGUGGGCAGGUUGACGGCACAGGGUCCCGGUGAUGCGUCGCAAGUUGAACACGUGACCCUGAAGAAAAAGCCGAAAUGCAAAUGUUGCGUUCUUCAGUAACGUGAUUGCGAGGAGAGAGAUAAGAAAUAAAAUAUAAAAGCACCGAAUAUGUCUCUAAUCGAGAUUCAAUUACUUUGAAUCGUCGUCAAUUGUAAAUGCAGCCGUAUAUUUUCCAGACUGACUCUGACAGACUGAAAAGAAAGGCUCUCGUCGUCCUCAAAAAAAAAAUUUUCCAAAGCGAGGACCAAAAAAAAAAAAGAAAAAUCCCAAUGAUAAUUGGGAAACGAGAGAAGAAGGGAAAAAGAGAAGAAGAGAGGGGCAUGAAAAGCGUAUCGCUUCCGGGUCCAUGACCGCAGACGUUCUAAUCGGCGUCCUGUCGCCGUCACUCGCAAAAAUGUCUCUCUAAAAAUCACAAAAUCUUUCUCCUCCACUAGAAAUCAAUGAAGAAAAUAUGAAGAGAAGAAAAAAAGAGAAGUGCUUUUUUUAUUUUUAAUUUAUUCUCGAAAUGAAAAUUUUAUUCUCGAAUAGUGAAUUUUAGAAUUCGUUUACGAUAGAAAAUCGUCUACAAUUCCAAUGAAGCAAUUAAAAUAAAAAAAGACUCUCUUUUUAAAAGUGAUAUCCGGAGAGAAGAAAAAAAAUAUAUUUGAAAAUAUAUUGUAGAUACAGAAUAGUAGCUAUCUAGCUUAAUAUGCUUUUAUUAUCGUGGUUAUUAUCGUUAAGAUAUUAUCGUGACUAAAAGCCAGAAGAAAAUACCAAAGUCAACAAAAUUUAUCCCAAAAAAAAAUUUUUUCUCCUCCUAACAAAUUUAUUGACUUGGCUAUUUUCUUCUGCAAUUCUGGAAAGCUCGUAUAUCUUCGAAAGAGAUAAUAAAAAAAACUCACUCGCACUUUGUGCAGCUAACGAACGUAAAUUUUCAGGAUUUUGGAGAAGUGAUCAUUAAAAGAAAAAGAAUUGUAAAUAUUUUGAAAUUUCUCGUGAAACAAGCACGAGAAUUGUGAUGUCAAAAUGGGGACAAAAUGGAAAACACGACAAAAAGAAAAAGAAUGCCGAUAAUUUUUUAAGAAUUCGUGAAAAUAAUCUUUAGAACUAUAUCGGCACUCUUUUUUUCAGACUCUUAUUUCCGGUUUUGCUGCUAGUGCACAAACUAAUUGUAAAAUGCAUAAGUUUUAUGAAGUUUUCGUUGUGAUUAUUUUAUCCACUCACACAAUUAAUCUAGGGGGAAAAAACAAUGCACUUUUAUUUAUUUUCCGAGUAGAAUUUCUCAUAAAAUAGAUUCAUGUGCAAGUUCCGCGAUUAGAUUCUUUUCAGAAAAAAAAUUCUUUUUUCCGUUUUUUUCAAACUUAAAAAAAAUGUUUUCCUUUUUAUUGGUUUUUUUUAAUCACGAGGACACUUUGGCUAAUGUAGCGAGUCAAUGUACUAUAAGAAAAAUACAUAUUAUUGUAAGUAAUUAUAUAAAAUCCUGAAUAUUUACUGACUAUGAAAAAAGAAAAAUCGUGGUGAAAAUUCUUAUUCGAUGAGAAGAGCGAGAUCUUUACCAAUUU